AUGGCGCAUGGGGCGCGUAGCAGCUCCACUCGUUGCUACUCAUCGAUUGCAGAGGCCUAUAAUCACCGACACGUAUCAUAUAUGCUUCCUUCCGGAUACCAGGGAAAUGAAAGCAAGGCGACACACAAGAAUGUCGUUGGGCGGCAGGAAACUCCAUCUUCUCCGAAAUCCCAUAGCGAUUCAGGACAACAGAAAAUUCGAUUCUCCAAAGUUCAUCGGGCCCGAAUCAUAGUUUCUUAUUCAAAUACUUGGUCAGCAGCAUGUCGUGACCCUCCAGAUAGCUUGGCCAAUGCACAACUUCAGCCGGCUUUCGCGGAGAUCCCUCGUGCUUGUGUAUACGUGGACGUGGCUGGUAAUCAGGCAAUCUACGGUGAAGCUUGGGAUGGAACUUUCCACGUGGAGACCACAUAA